CAUUACGUGUAAAAACAUCGGAACACAGCUAAAGCACUUCGUUGUCCGAUCUAACGCAAGCUCUCGACGACCAAGCUCUUUGCAUCGCUGACACUGUCUGCCCCAUUGAUUCCUCAGAAAUACAUACGGUAGAGGUACUGGAUACUCGAAACAAACAAACUUUUGAAUCAGAUAGAUUUAGUCGUUUAAGGUAGGUUUGUUGUUUUCCAAAUUGUUUCAGUCUAGAGCAGCGCAGUUGGAACAGAAGCUGCGUACGGGAUUUCGACCAAGCAAACAUGCGUUGCGUUCGAACACGAUGUCACAAAAGAAAUGCUUCUCUUUCCAAUCUAAAUCGUUUGUUGCUUGUUGCUCUAUCCUGUUUCGAUCGUCCGUCGGAUGCGCAAUCUUUGAUCCUCUUUCGUGGCCAAUGGUGCAAAUAUCCACCGCCACUGCCGCCACGACCGCAACGGAAUCAAACGCAUACAAGACGAACACCAGCAUAGGCACCAGGAUGAAGAUUAACUCACGCAAAAUCGAAAACGAUCCCGAUGAGAAGGAAGAAGUGGUCGAGGAUCCCAAGCAGUCGAUCACGAGUGGUGUCUCUUCGCUGGAAGAAUCGAAUGACGAAGAGGAAAUCGAAUCUGCAGACAGCAAUGGAGCAGAGUUCCAAGGCCGCCACGGGGAAGGUGAUGAAGAAAGACACAUGCUUGCCGACAGCAACAAAGAUGAUCCUUUGUCGCAAAAAGUCAAGGAAGGAAAGCAUUCUAAGGAUGCAUGCGACAAAACCAAGCAGAGCAAGACGUACGAGAUAGAAAGUGGCGCCAAAGAGACGGAGGCAAAUGGGGCAUCUUCUGGAAACGAGUUGAAAGCACAACCAGAAGAAAAUGUAGAGCAAGACAAGUACAAAUUCUCUGAUACCCAGGAAGGCAAGAAAAACGAUGCGGCGGUUGUAGACUUGGAGGCACAGGGUGAAUUUUUGGAAUUUGAAAGAGAAGAAGAGGCAGAAUGCGAGAAGUUUCCAGAUGACUGCUACUCUUUCUUGUCGCUUCACGGUCCUUGUUCCAAUCCCGUCUUCUUUGGCUAUGGAAUGUCAGUCUUUGUGUUCCAGGCGUCGUUCCUUAUCCUAAUGUUGAUCAGUGCCCUUGAUAGAAAUUGGAGCAACAAGUUGGAUUCAGAUAAUCCAAGUGAUGGUAUCUUCCCGUCAUCUAUUGCUGCAAAUGCAAGUCCAUAUGUCAAGGCAACACAAAUAAUUUCAGUCUUGUGCUAUGUAGGGUUCGCAAGCUACAGCUUGAUGGACGUUGUCGUAGCAGUUGAGACUUUUCCAACGUUUAAGGAUGGCGCAACUUUAUGUAUGGUGUUCUCUUGUUUUGCUCGUGGUUUGCAAGGAUUCAUUGCAAUGCUAACAGCACUCCUGCUAAUUAUCACCUCAGAUAAUGUGAUUGAUAUUGUCCUAAAUUUUACAGCAGUUGUGAGUUCUAAGUCAAUUGAAAACAUGCCAAAAGCUCAAGAAACUUAAAUCACCGUCAUUUUUGUCCUUACUUUUGUGAUUCCAAUCUUUAUCUCUCUUUCCUCUUCACAGAACUUCAUCAGUGAAUUGGACAAUGUUGCGUUUGAGAUGGCCCUGUCAGGAAAAUAUGGAGCAAAAAUUGAAGAUGAAGCAAAGCGCAUUCAAAACCUGGAUCUUCCAAAAUGUAUGUCUCAGCGACACAAAAACAGAAGGUUCCUCUAUACAAUAGGAGU